AAAUCGAAGCCCAAUCUUUCUCUUUCAUUCUUUACCAUCAGAGCAAAAGAAACAAAACAAAUCAAAACCUACCAGAAAAUCAGAAGAACCCUUUGAUUUUCAACCUUUGCGUUAAACUUCUCUGUAACUGUCUAAAACCAUCGACGGAACCUUCAACCACCUCACAGUGGGGUGUGUUCUAUGGCAGAUAAUGAGGAGGAGUUGUCGACGCCGAUGCCAAGGGAUGCGAAGAUUAUAGAGGGUUUGUUGAAAUCGAUGGGUGUAGAAGAAUAUGAACCUCGCGUUAUUCACAAAUUUCUCGAGUUAUGGUAUCGGUAUGUUGUUGAUGUGUUAACAGAUGCUCAAGUGUAUUCAGAGCAUGCUAGCAAGUCGGCAAUUGAUCUUGAUGAUGUUAAGCUUGCCAUUCAAUCCCAGGCUAACUUCAGCUUCUCACAACCACCCCCUCGUGAGGUGCUUCUGGAGCUGGCUAAAAACCGCAACAAGAUGCCAUUACCAAAAUGUCUAGCACCUGGUGUUCCACUUCCGCCCGAUCAGGACACGUUAAUUAGUCCCAACUAUCAGUUCGCAUUUCCAAACAAAAGGUCUGCCGAACCUAUAGAAGAAACCGAGGAGGAAGAAGCUUCUGUUAACGCGGAUCCCAACCCGUCCUCCCAAGAAGAAAAGACAGACACUCAACAAAAUCCAACUCAAAGAGUAUCGUUUCCUUUGCCUAAACGCCAAAAGGACUGAUCUCAAUUCCAAUAUGUCUCCUAACUGAUAUGUAACAAAAGCCAAAUUUGGCGACUAUAUAGUUUAAUUGAUAUUGUGAAGUGAUUCAACAUAUCCUAUUCUUCAUAUUUUGAAUUGUAAUAGAUGCAUAUAGUAUGUAUUAUUAAUCUUCAAGAAUUUGCGUAGCGAUGAAUAUUUUGUUUC